AUGAAUUUUAAACGUUCGUUCGCAUUGGGGCACACAUUCGUAUUCCUACUCUUUGCUGUGAUCAACGCUGAGGUUGGUAGCCCUCGUGAAGUCAGCUACACCAAUUCAUCAAUGCACUCCACUACAAAGGAAAUAUAUUCCACCAACGUAUUGAGACCGAAAGCUAAUCCUUCAAAAUCCAGUGCAUCGAACAGCUACAGCGAUGACACCGGUACAACAACGCUACGCCCCGCCGUGGAACGUAUUUUCUCACGCAAGAAACGCUUUCUGCUUGCACCGCCCGGUACGCGUCUCAAAUUAACGCUGCAAAUGAGCAAAAAACUACUCGCCAACUAUCCGACGGGAUUCACCUUCAAUAUCGAAUUGGCCGUGUACUAUCCCAUGAUUACCAGUCGCCUAGACUUGAUACCCAAGCGUUUGCGUCCGACAACAACUGCGAAACCUAAAGCAAAGGGGCCAACUGCUCCUUUGAUCGUGCAGAUUCCUGGCUCACUGAUACGUUACAAAGCAAAACCGGCUACCAAACCGCCUCUAGUGCAGCGCAUUGACGAGUCUGGCCAAAUGCUGCAGUGGGUGGACACAAAGCCGGCGCCGCCCACCUCAACUGUCUCACAAUAUUACACGCAACCGCUUAAGUGGCAGCAAUGGUCCAAAUAUGGCGCACCAGGCUAUGCGCAGCGUUACGAAUGGACACCGGCAAAACAGUGGCCGCAAAAGCAGCCCGCUUGGUUGGCGCAGAACUCUAAGUGGCGUAAGUGGUCCACUACGUCUGCGCCGUGGGCGGCGAACAAGCGGUGGCAGCAAAAGCCUAGCAAAUGGCAGCAAUGGGGGAAUGCGCCUGCUACUGGCGGCAAAUGGUUGAAACAUGCACAUUGGCAACGCGACGCACCCAUGGAUGGGUUAGCAAAUAUCAGUGAAAAUGAUGUUGUGAAACGUGACGUGGAUGGUGGAGCGGAGAGUGCAAUCAACUCGGAUCAAUUGCUAGAUGAACUAGAUGAAAUAGAGCCCAUGUAUGUACAUUUCCCUGAAUUGGAGGAGCAUUAUGAAUGGAAACAUUAUCACAGCUAUCGUGAUCGUAGGCAAUUGUACCAUCAGCUAGAUGGACUGAGUGGCAUUCUUGGGAUCGACUUGAAAUCCUGUGUUUUGCGCGCCAUCUGUGAUUGUAAACGCUUUUUGCUACCGCCAGGAUACUCAAUGGUGCAGGAUAUACUACGGCAAAUUUUUACCUUUCCUACCAAAAGUGGCCUAGAAGAUGAGUACAGCCGCAUAGUGCAACUGGAUUAUGAGAAAUGCGAUAGUGAACUGAGAUCAGCAUGUCCUUUUAAUUUGCUUGCCUGGCUAAUGCGACAGAAUCAAGAUUAAAAAAAUAUGCCGUAUUUAACAAAAGAUUUGUGAUGACCCAAAUAAAUAUGAAUUGCUAAAAAAAAAUCGCUCUUUAAAUAUUUUUCAUUAAAUAAACCAUGUAUGUA